CAACUACGUCAUCGCCGCCGCUACGGUCUCGGUCCCUCCCUCGUGCCUCCUUGUGAAAAUUCCGUCUGCUAGGGCUGGAAAUUCUUGUUUUGUUGUCAUCUAAGCCCCAGCCUAGUCACCAUCAACACCCAACAUGUUUACUAAAAAAUCUCCAGCACUACGGAUUGAUGAAGCAGAUUUAAAAUGUAAAAGCAGAAGUGGUUGUGACUUUUUCGGUAACCCUGAGUGGGAUGGUUAUUGUUCACAUUGCUAUCGGAAGGAAAGGGAGCGCCAGCAAAAUGACCAAAAGAAAAGCCCAAACAGGGGAGAUAGUGGUUCACGGACAUCUGCUGAUAGCCCCCUUUCUUUGGCAGUGGCCAAGCGUUUCAAUAAAUUUGAAGAAAAGAAGCAGCAACAGCGACAGCAGCAGGAGAAAAGGAACAAAUUUAGCAAACUUGCAAGCAGUUUAAGAAAAUCUACUAGUAUUCGAGACACGGGACGUUUACCUGAGCCAUGGUUGGAACAAUCUCCAGAAGUAGAACGGAUCAAGCAAGACUAUGCUACUCAUUUGGCUUCUCUUUCCCCUGAACUACGACAAUUAAUCAAUAAGUACAUCCAGGGUCUUUGCCGUAGUGUUUGCUCCGAUGCUAAUAACAUAUCAGCUGAUGAAUUGUCUGAAAAAGUUCAAAAAUUUUAUCAAAUACUUUCAAAAUGUAUGGAUGCACAUAAUAUAAAUCAAGAACUCAAGGAGUCGGUGCUGGAUUAUUGUGAGAAGUUCACGAUGACUGUUUUGCAUCGCAAUCUAUUUUGCCCACCAACUACAACAGAUGAAGAAAAAGAUCUCGCUAUUCAAAAGAGGAUACGGCAGUUAAAUUGGGUGAAUGCUAAACACCUUGACUGCCGUAUUAAUGAAACAAGUGAGGAAGUUCGUGAUCACCCAAUUUUAGCUCAAAUA